GUGCGGUACUACGCUAUACAGAUUGCCAAUGUGCGGGGGCGAACAGAAGGAGUUAGACACUGGGUGAAGAUGAAUGUUGAAGUCAUGGUGGUGAGGGGGAAAAGCAUAGUUUCCUUUCUGGGAAUGAUUGCGCAUUGUGGAUGAUGGGCAUCCGAGUCAUUCAACGUACUCCUUCCGGGUGAGUCCGAUGUCGCUUGAGGACUAUCGACUCAGGCUCUUCCUAGCUCCUCGGUCCCAAAUGUGCUCUCCCGUCUCGCCAGAUAAUGAACAUAUGGCCAUGCUUGUGCUUCCUAUAAGGCCUGUGAACAAGCAUGAGACAUUAACACUCACAGUGAAGGCAAAUUCAGUUUCAUGGCAAUCAUAUGUCGAUGAAUCCACUAUAGAGACUAUCGACAUGACCGCCGCUCCACCCAAGAAAUGGAAGUAUAACUCGGAGACAGAGGAUUCACACCAGGGAACAUCACAACAAACGGCUAGGGUGCCGCAAGUUGAAUGCGUCCGCGCUUCCUCCCACCAUGCUGAGCGAGAUAUCUCUCCCCCAAGUGAAUGUGGCUAUGUCUCUGAGACAGAAUCCGAAUACACACAGCCGAGCCUGCCUCUUGGAAGUAUUCUAGGGCAGCUACUAGCUGAGCAAGCAUUGCACCAUAAUAAUGAUUCAUUGCCCAGCGUUGAGGCUGCUCCGGCAAGUGACGUUGGAUCGCAGACUCAACCUGAAUCCGAAACUGUCCCUGAGUCCCAAGGGAGUCGUAUAGAUGAUCUGAAGAGCUCGGUAGAGCGGCUCAUCCUGCGAGCUAGGUGGGAGGGAAUUCAGGAAGGGAUGGCUCAGAUGCGGGGCCAGGUGAAGUGCAACUGCCAGCUCAUGUCAUCCGCUGCAUCGCGAAACGAGCCAGGAAGCUCAGGUUUGCCGUGAGGAAUGGGGUCUUCAAAAAGGAAAUAUGAGACCUUGACACAACUUCAUUGCGGGUGGUAGAGGUGCCGGCGAUAAAAACUGUAAUAUCACUAGAAAUACUUGGCUACAAUUAAGGUCAUUGUCGGAGGUCC